AUGUAUUCAGUGGUGACAAUUAUUAUACUUCUAACAGGACAAACAAAUGGUCAAUACGGUGAAAUAGCAUCACUUAUUGGUGAUUCUCUUACACCAGGACUUUUCGGCAGUGCAGCUAGCGGUUUAGCUGGAGCUGCUUCAGGUCUUCUCGGCAAAAUUGGAACAUUGUAUCAAAUUGCUCAAGGUGCAUUACAAUUAACAGGUACCGGUGUUGGUAUCCUGAAUCAGGCUGCAGAAGGAAAAUGGUUUAAUAAAGUUGUUGAAGAAGCUAGAAAUGCUAAUCGGGAAAUUCAAGAGAGAACACUGAUUGGAAAUAGACUGGAACCCGAUUACUCUCAGUUUGGCAUUAAUUUUCCUGCACCGGCACCUAGUGACUAUGAUCAUGAAGAAACUGCGAAACCGGAAAGUCUUAUUCCAAUCAAUGCUAAUAAUAUGACAACUGAGAGAAUUGUUUCAACUGAAACUCCAUUAAUUACUUUGUUUCCGGAAGAGAAAGAGACGAAUAAUUUAAACGAAAAAGAAAACCGAAAUACUAUGAAUGUAAUUAGCGUCAAUGAAAACGGAGAAGAGAUUAAUCGUUCUGAAAAUAGAGAAAACACUGAAGCGGAUAAAAAAUUAGAGCUCACUGAAGAGAAAUUAGCAAAAUUACAACGAUUUAUUACAUUGUUACAUGAAAGUAACAUAACAGGAAAUGACUUAAGUGAGUUGACACAAAUGCUCGAAGAAGAAAGAAUGAACAGAUCAAAAUCAGUCAAAUCAACAGCAACCGAAUCUCGAACUGUUUUCACUAAUGCUACAACACUUCAACAAAUAAACAACGAGACAAGCAAAACUUUCAUCACUGCUCCGCCAAUAACUUUCCGACAUAUAGAAACAGGUGAUGUCAUCGAUAACGAAGAUAAUGAUCUACUUCCAUCUUCUACUUCAAGAUCAAGAGCAAGAGCAGCUAUGAUCAAAUAUCAACCAAGCAGACAACCUAGAAUCAAUUCAACAUUGGCAACUAUUUAUCGUCCCAGGAAAUAUCCUCGUCGUAUAGCAUAUCAAGCACGAUUACCGUUUGUCACCAGUGCUACUCAUACUGCAGCUAACAUAGAGAAGCCAAAGCAGUUAGAAGUAAAGAUGAAUGAAAGAGCAAUUCAGCAACUUCACUUAACAAAGCAAAAGCCAGCUGUCCUAAGACAACAGUUUUUGCAACCGACUGCUUUGAAUCCAUAUGGACAAUCGGAAAUUUUCUUAACUGCCCCAGCUUCCGGAAUUUUUCAAACUCCCACACUUCCACCUCCACUUUAUUCGCAACCUAUGAAUGUCAUUAAAUCCUACCCGCCACACAUGUCCGGUUUAGAAGGUCGUAAUACUAAUAAUGGGUUAUGGACUCAUCAGAAUCCUAAAUAUAUUCUAGGAGAGUCGAAUUCAUAUUUUAAUUCAAACGCUGAUCCAUUCAUCUUACCUUUCUAUAAUCGAAAUCCAUCAUAA